GGAGGGUUUAAGAAACCCACUGGGGAGACGAUUGCCCGUUGUUCCGAUGGAUAGAUUAGCACGCAUUUUUUUAAAUACAAUUACGUAAUACAACAUAGUAUAAGCAAUGGAAUAGUGUCCCGGAUGUCGGACGGUGUUCUGCCCAUGGGGAGAAGUACGCUUCAGGGAGGAGGAGGUGGAAGGGGUUAUCGUCGGCGCGGGCGAUGCGACGCCUCGCCGCCGGGAGAAGACAUAGUGAUAAGGUGUGGAGACGGGAUCGGGAGUGGGUCGACCAAGUGGAGCGGUUGCAAUGCCCGCCCGCAGUGGGAGAGGCGAGCUUCGACGGGAUCGGGAUCCGCUGCAGAGGACUUCUCCGCCUUUAUUCAUUCCCUCAGUAUCAAGUACGGUCUCUGCAGCCCUGCUAGCAGUGCUGGUGGUGGGGGGAAAAGGGAGCGCGGGAGAGUUAGCAGCCACUCGUUAUCUCCCUCCCCGAGCUCGCGCCGUCGUGAUGACGUCAACGCAAAUAUGGACUUGAGGAGGAGCGAUGUCGUAUGCGGCGCUGCAGCAGCAAGGAGCGGGAGCUGGAUGCACGGCCGGGAUCAACGGGGAGGGGGAGGAGGAGGAGGAGGAGGAGGAGGAGGAGGAGGAAGGAGGAUGAGAGAUUCGGGAGGGGCUGGAGCAGAGCAGGUUGGCAGUAUGGUAUCCUCUGUGUCGAGGGAGAGAAGAUCCUGUGAGAGUAUGGAUAUGGAGGGGGGAAGUAACCUGGCAAGAUGUGAGUCGUCUCCCAAGGAGAGAGGGGGAGGUAGGAGGUGGGGAGAUGUGGAGGAAGGUGAUGAUGCGAGAGUAGCGAGUCGGGUUAAGGAGGUAGAGACGGAUGCCCGCGAGUCCUCGCUCGGGAUUAACCAGGGUUUUGGAGGUGGUGAGGGGGUGGGUUUAGCGAGUGGGGGGGGGCAGUUUGGGGGUACGGAGGGGGACCAUUUAGGGGGUGGUCGGGGGGGUCAUUUAGGCAGUGGCUUGGGGGAGGGGCUAGAGGGGGAAGCUGUAGUAGGUGCUAGCAGGGGUGCAGCCGCUGGCGACUCUGCAUACGCUGUCGAGCCAGAGACACGUGGUAGACUUGAUAGUAAAGUGCUGGACGACGUUAUUAGUGAGGUCGUCUCCGCUGCUUCUGCCACAACUGGCUAUCAGUUCACAAGAAGCCCAGAGAGAGAGAGCAGGCCACCACCUCCUGCUCCCCCAACUCUACCUCCACCUCUCCCUCAACCUCUACCUGCUGCAUCUGCUGCGGGCAAUACCAGCAGCAGCAGCAGCGGGAACAGGGGUGAGCUGUCAUGGGGGUGGUCUCGGCCCACGAAAAUGACACAUGGAGGAGCUGCUGAUGACGUGGAGCGAGAGUGGCGGGCUAGUAGUGAGGUGCGUGCCAUGACACGUGGCAGCAACGAGGAGGUGGAGCGAGAAUGGCGCGCUAGUCAGAUGGCAUUGCGUUCUUCUUCUGGUUUAGAUCAUCCUUCCGGUCAAGCGCAGGCGCAGUUUGGCAGCGGCAGCGAAGGUCGGGGGUUGACGUCAACUUGUGGCUGCACCAGUUCCGCCUCCAAGAGCUUAGCAGCUGAAGAGAGGGGAGGGGAGGGAAAGGCGGUGGUGGGGACCACUUCCCCUCCAUUCCUCUCGUCUACGGCUCCUCGGCAAGCUUGGACGUCGAGACCUGGAGAUGGGAUCGCAACUGCAGGUAUCGGUGUCGUUGAGCAUAGUACGAGCAGCAGGAGACCAUCUGCUGCCGCGGCGUCCGGAUCCCGACCUGGCCCAUCGCUUAACGAGAGGGGAAAGGGGUUUGACAGCUCAACGGCGCUCUACCGCCCCUCCUCCUCCUCCUUCACCUCCCCUCUCUCUUGGCGGGAACCCACAGAUCGUCCGUCGCUUGGACCAUCACUGGGAUCUUACACCGAGUGUAUCGGCGGGCAAAGGCGGGAGGGAGAGAUGGCCUCCGAUCCCUUCUCCUCCUCGACGCUCUCUCAGCCAUCCUCGUGGAAGAAGCCGAGGGACGACAGACCGCUGGCAGAUGAAGGGGCACCUGCUGACGGACCGGUCGCUGAUCAGCCAGGAAGGAGGUGGUCAGCCAUGGCGGCUCGCGAGCCGACUCAUGGACCGGUCGUUGCCACCUCCUCCACCUCCCUUUACGAGAAGAGGGUUAGUGCAGAUCCAACGGACGGCAGACGAGAAAGCAUGACACGUGGGCUGCAGCAAGAAGAGCAACGACCGGUCGCUUCCUCCUCUUCUUCCGCUAUUCGCGCGGCCAACCUGCCGCUUUCCCAUGGACUCGUGUCAAGCCCCACCAGUUUUGCACCCCCCCAACACCCCCCCAUUUGCGAUAACAUAGCAAGAUGGGGGCUUGACGGGACACCCCCAGGCAGCACCGCUGCCGACUUCCAGGUCGGGAGCUCGAAUCAGGCGGCCCUGAAUCAGUUCCGUCGUGGGAGUCACAACCAGGACCGAACUGCAAACCAAGGGGAAAGCCAACUGGCUGCUCAUCACCACCGGAGCUCGUUAAAUCUUUCUAAGUACCAACAACAGCUCUUCAGUCCCUUCGAGAUGGAAGGAGGUCCACUUCCUGUCCAUCUUCCCAAUGCACCUGGUCGGAUCCAUGGUCCCAUUUCCAGUCUCACAGCAGCAGACCAGGCAGCUCGGUUCCGAGAGCAGAUAUGCCCUCCUGCUGUUCAGCGACCGGUCGCUCAUCAGCAACCUCACACUGUUGGCCAUAGUGCAGCUGCUGCUGCUGCAGCUGCUCGAGGAGGAGGAGGAGGAGGAGGAGGAGGAGGAGGAGGAGGAGAAGGUGGGGGAGUCGUGAGUCCAACGUGCGAAUCCUAUCUUGGCAGAGGAUUGCGACGCGUGGCAGCAGCAGCAGCUGGACUUGGUGAAUCUUCAAUAUCGCAAGGUGGUGGUGGGCCAGGUGAAGGACCUGCUGCCGAGUCGUCGAAGGGAAUACGAGUGACGUCAUCGCUAAGUCCGACGAACGGCCCCGCGUUCAGAUCGAGUAGUACUGCCGGUAGUAGUAGUAAUAAACGCAGCCUGGACUCGCUGAACUCGCUGCUGCGGGACAGCGGUUUCGAGGCAAUCGAGUGGGAGAGGGAGGGGGAGGAGCUCUUCAGGGGGGAAUGGGUGGAAUGCGGCGCCGCAAGGGAUCUACUGAUCAAGUUCCAAGAGAGGGUGAGGCGAGUGAUGACCGACGUGAUCGAGCAGUACGAGCGCAGAGGAAAGCUGGUUCAGGAAUUACUGUCAGGUGCAGAGUCUUCGAAGCAGGUUGAAGCGCGGCAUGACGGGACAAUACGUCAGCUGCAGGCGGAGAAAGAGCAGCUGCAGAAAGAGGUGGAAAACUGGAGAUGCAAAGCUGUGGGGUUGCAGUCCUCGGCAGAGGACGGCUGCAAGGAUUUCCAGCGGCAGGAAGCUGUCAAUGCUUCCAUACUAAUGUACACGCAAGCUGUUGCGGAUCAUAUCCUGCAGCUGCUGAAUGCCCUUGCGUUGGACCGAUCCUCCCUGUCGUCGUCUGCCCAUAGAGAAGGAAUACAUACUGAGGAAGCCCAAGAAAGAUGCUCUAUGCCGUUUUGUGAUGACCCGCCGGAGAUUCAACUAGCAUGUGGUUCACAUGCCUUGUGGCGUGAGGAUUAUGAAGAGGAGCAGGCGGCGAAGAUGAAAAAGUUGGAAGAAGAGAUGGAGGAGAAGAAAAAGGCUGCCGAAGAAGAAGCAGCAGCAGAAGCAGAGGAGGAUAGGAAAUGCAGGGAAGAAAAAGGGGAGAGUAAUGGCACGGCAAAGGAGGAUGCCGCGAUGGAAAAGAAGAUCAGCGAGUCGAUUGCUAAUUUAUCGUUGGGGGAAGAUGAGGAGGCAGAGUUUUAUGUGCCCCAGGACGAGAGGGAUGCGUUAGCAAGCCCGUGCCUAGCUAGCUGUCCGGAGACCGCUUGUGUUAGCGUCUCUCUAGGCACGUCCCUCAUAGGCGUGGCAAAAGAGUUGAAGGAGAGGAUGCCUGCCUGGGCCAGAAUGAAGAAGGAGAGUAAGGGACAAUUGAUUUUGGUUGACGUAGAAGUCUUUAAGAGUAGAGUAGGAGCCCUCAUAGAUUCAGGGGCUACCCGUAGUUAUAUUAGCCAUAGAGCGCUGAAGAAGCUGAGGCUAGGAUUGGAAGUCCAAAAGUUGGCAGACCCUAUAGUCAGUGUCCUCGCAGACAACCGCACUAUGCGCGUUGAGGACGACGUAGAGGGAGUCCAGGCGUACUUUCGCCUAGAGAAAGAUGGGAAGGUGGAGAAAGUUUUCCAUUCCCUGACUCUCCUCGUGCAGGAUGACCUUCCUUUCGACAUGGUGUUAGGAAUGGAUUGGGGAGAGGCAGCAAGGGCCACACUCCAUUUGAGAGAACACGAGUGUAGGCUCCCUAGUCCGUCAGGUGAGGUUAAGACUGCCCGCCUGUUCCAUGUGUCGGGUGUAGACAACACUCUGGCACAUUGUUGUCUCAGUGCUCCCGCGUUCGCGCGACUAGUGAAAAAGGAGAAGUUAGAUGAGGAGGUCUUUGUAGUGUAUGUUAGACCUGUCACUGAGCCUAAGGAAGAAGCUAGCUCCAUGGAUCCAGCCAUCGCCAAGCUGCUGGAAGAGUUUAAAGACUUGUCUGAGCCGCCGAGAAGAGUAGUGCUGCGGCCAAUCCAGCAUAGGAUAGAGAUAGAGUCUGGCAAUAGAACUCCUAAGGGAGCAAUCUACAGGAUGUCCCCUAGAGAGUUAGAGGAGCUGCGCAAGCAGUUGGACGAGCUCCUUGAGAAAGGUUGGAUCAGGCCCAGUUCAUCUCCUUUUGGAGCACCUGUCUUGUUUGUCCCCAAGAAGGAAGGAGAGCUGAGAAUGUGUAUAGACUACAGGGGUUUGAAUGCUAUUACAGUGAAGAAUGCUGAGCCGCUGCCCAGGAUAGACGAUCUCUUAGAUCGGGUGCAAGGUUGUAAGUACUUUUCAAAGAUAGAUCUGAAGUCCGAUUAUCAUCAGAUAGAGGUCCAUCCUGAUGAUCAGUACAAGACUGCCUUCCGGACUCGAUAUGGGCAUUAUGAGUUUAUAGUGAUGCCCUUUGGACUGACCAACGCAUUCUAGUUGCUUAAGAAAGAGGCAAUCUGGCGAUGGGACAAAGAUUAUACGUCCGCGCUCAAGAGACUGAAGCGCGCAUUAAUAGAGUACCCUGUCCUCAAAGUGUCAGAUCCAUCUUUGCCAUUUGUCGUCACCACGGACGCGAGUCAAUAUGGGAUAGGCGCCGUGUUACAGCAGGACGACGACAAUGGCUACAGACCCGUAGAGUUCAUGUCAGCAAGGAUGCCCUCUGAGAAGGUUGCUACCUCGAUGUACGAAAGAGAACUCUACGCUCUCAGGCAGGCUUUAGAGCAUUGGAAGCAUCAUCUGCUUGGGAGGCACUUCAAAGUGUAUUCUGACCAUGAAACGCUUCGAUGGUUAAAGACUCAGGCCAAGAUGACACCUAAGUUGACUAGGUGGGCCGCUGAGAUAGACCAAUAUGACUUUGAGCUUAAGCCCGUCAAAGGCAAGUAUAACGUAGUUGCGGAUGCUCUGAGUAGGAGAUCAGACUACUUUGGAGUUAUAGUACACUAUCUGGAUAUAGGGAGAGACCUGCAGCAGAAAGUGAGGCAAGCGUAUGCGCAGGACCCUAUCUAUAGUGACCUCCUAAAGAAAGUUAGAAAGGCCCCAGAGACUGAGCCAGAUUACCGCACUACAGAGGGUUUGCUAUUCGAGAAGACUAAUGUAUUCGACCGUCUAUGCGUUCCCAACAGCGAGGAGAUCCGUAGUCUGAUCCUAGGGGAAUGCCAUGACACGGAGGGGCACUUCGGUUGGCAAAAGACAUUAGCCAAUCUGAUGCAUGCGUAUACCUGGCCAGGGAUGAAGAAUGACUGCACAGAGUAUGUUCGCAGUUGUAAAGUGUGCCAGAGGAAUAAGACUACUACGCGCGCGCCCUUAGGUCUUCUCAGACCACUGCCUAUUCCUGAUCAGCCUGGAGACUCCGUGUCCAUAGACUUCAUGGAUACUCAGGUCAAGAGUAGGCAUGGCAAGAGCCAAGUCAUGGUCAUAGUUGACCGUUUUAGCAAGUAUGCUGUUUUUAUUCCUUUGCCUGCAGAGGCACGUACCGAAUUACUCAUUCAGAAGUUCUUUGAUUUUUGGGUCAGUGAACAUGGAGUCCCGUUGUCUAUAGUUAGCGAUAGAGAUAGCCGCUUCACUAGCCAGAACUGGCAGGAACUCAUAAGAGUCUAUGGGUCAAAGUUGCUGAUGUCGUCUGGCCGCCAUCCAUAAACUAACGGUCAGAUUGAGCAGCAAGAUCCUGCGGCAAGUUCUGCGCAUGUACAUUAGACCAGA